UUGUCCUUCCCUUCGCCCCCCCGCUCUUCCUUCUCCCCUCCCCCCCUUGACGAUUACUCGUUCGGCCCUCUACCUACUGUCACUGCUGCAUAUCCUUCCUCGGUGUUGGUCGAUCUAGCAGAUAUCAUCGCCUAAGGCUGCGACGCCAUCCGUGUGCUGAGCCUUCCGCCAUCUGCUCUACUUCCAUCGUACCUUUUCCGGCCGCUUCCACGAUUCAAUCGAACCGCGUUGCGCUCCCGCGAUGGCGAUUCACCCCAGUUUCCCGUCCGAGGCAGACCCCAGAGGCAACCUGUCGCCGCAGCAAGCCCGAGCCAUUUCGAUCUGGACAGAACAGGCUGCUGCCUCUCUGGAAAACUUGACCAUUUCGGAGCCGGCCUCGUCCAGCGAUCGAGUUGUCUCCUUGUCGCAAUCCACACCGACGCGGACAUCCUUUCUCGGGACCACGGUAUCUCUGUCGAUUCCUUUGGAUGACCCGAUACCGAAGACAGAAAGCGCGUCUGCGGCUCGCGUCAAGCUUCUUGGUCAACCAUCAAAGGAUGUUCAACAGGUGGCGUCGGUCAGCUUCCGUCGCCGAGAACCCUUGCGACGCGACAGUCUCAAGAGGCGCGAGGCUCUCCUGAAGGGGAAGGAUGGCAGCCGUCGUAGAAAACGUUGGGAAAACGAUCGUCUCCUGCACAAUCCCUGGGCUGAGCCGCCUUCUUCUAAGGACUGGGAUAUCCAGCCAACUUACACCCGACACAACCCCAUGCCAUACUAUCUUGCGCCCUUGUGGGAUUCCCAUUAUGCACAACUGGACCAAAAUCUCAAGCAGGCCGGCGCUGGUGCGGGUAAUGAGAAGCACCGCGUACCGAAGGAGCUGCGCAUGAAGCUCAAGCACGCACGUGGCGCUCGGGGUAUGCUCCAGGACCUAGAAGAGGAUAUAAGACACUUCAUUCGGCGAUGGAGCGAAAAGCAGCUUCUUCUUCAAAAGGAGGGGCUGGCCGAUGCCCCUCAGUCGUCCGAUGAGGAUGACUCUGAGGAUGAGGUUGUGUUCGUGGGUCGUAAUGGGCUGAUGCAUGACUCGCCUCAACGGAAGGCGAAGUUGCAGCAGAUGCGAGAAGCGAUGAACGCUCACAACGAGCGCGACGGCGCGAAGAUGGUGUUCGAGAGCCCGGUCGACGAUCGGGGUGCUGGCUUUGGCCGCUGGCUUGUCCACUCAAUCGCAUCUUAUUAUGGAUUGCACACGUGGUCGGUCACCGUGGGUGAACCAGCCCGUCGCGAGGCUUACGUUGGCUUCCGUCCGCCGACACCAUCCACCCGUCCCGAGUUUGCACAUCAAAUGGCCGGAUUUGGAAGCUGCCGCCGCGAAGCGAUGAUUCAGCCUGGGGACGAACUUCCGCAACCGCUGUGGGCCCAGGUUUAAGGCCUGGUGUAGAGGAUUCGGGAAUGGGGGUGGAUGAAGAGAUCGCAAUCUUUGACUCGGGAUCAGUCUCUCUUAGAUUUGAUUUAUAGCGCGGGCUUGGGCUGUACGAUCUAGACCUUCCGGGUGAAGCUGUAGAUAGGUUGGUUUCGGGCAAAGUGUAAUAACUUUUGUAAUAGUCGUGUAAGUUCAACCGAUUCAUUUCAUUUUUCGCCAUCAGCAAGCGCCGCGGUGGGUUCUGCGACUGUGUCUCGCCGAUGUAUACGAAGUACUUAAACGAGUGUCGAUAGCCUGGAUUUUCCCUUC